GGCCGGUGUGGCGCCGCGCCGCCGCGGGCCGGUUGCCGUCGGUCACUGCGUUUUCUUCUCUUCCGGUCCGGGCCUCAGGGUGGCCGACAUGUCGGCCCCAGGUGAGAAUCCCCUCCUGCCGCUGUUGGAGACUUUGGAAGAUUCGUGCGCCUCCCCUGGAGAGCUGACCGACGCUUACCUCGCUCUGACCAGUCGUAUGACUGGAGAAGGAAAAGAAGUCAUUCUAGAAAUUGAGAAAAAUCUUCCUCGGCUGCACAGAGUUUUAAAGAUUCACAUUUCCAGUCAAAACUCAGAGCUGAGUAGUGCUGCUCUUCAGGCCUUGGGCUUUUGCUUGUAUAAUCCCAAAAUUACUUCAGGAUUAUCAGAAACAAAUAUUCAAGAACUGCUUUCAGAAUUGAAUAACAUUGUUAAAAGUUCAGACAAAAAUGUACGUACCAGAGCUCUUUGGGUGAUAUCCAAACAGACAUUUCCCACUGAAGUUGUUGGCAAAAUGGUAUCCAGUAUAAUUGACUCAUUAGAAACAGUAUUCAAUAAAGGAGAGAUACAUUCCGCUGUUGUUGAUUUUGAAGCAUUAAAUGUUAUCAUAAGGCUAAUUGAACAAGCACCAAUUCAGAUGGGAGAAGAGUCGGUAAGGUGGGCAAAGUUAGUCAUACCUUUAGUGGUUCAUUCAGCACAGAAAGUACAUUUGCGGGGAGCCACUGCUCUGGAGAUGGGAAUGCCAUUGUUGCUUCAGAAACAACAAGAAGUAGCAUCUAUUACAGAGCACCUUAUGACUACUAAAUUAAUCUCAGAACUUCAAAAGCUAUUUAUGAGUAAAAAUGAGACCUAUGUUUUAAAAUUGUGGCCCUUGUUCGUCAGACUUCUUGGAAAGACCUUGCAUCGAAGUGGGAGUUUCAUCAAUUCUUUGCUACAGCUGGAAGAAUUAGGAUUUCGUAGUGGAGCACCUAUGAUUAAAAAAAUAGCUUUUAUUGCUUGGAAGAGCUUAAUAGAUAAUUUUGCUUUAAAUCCAGAUAUACUGUGUAGUGCAAAAAGACUCAAGUUGUUAAUGCAGCCUUUGAGUUCCAUCCAUGUGAGAACAGAAACUCUAGCAUUAACAAAACUAGAAGUCUGGUGGUAUUUACUGAUGAGACUUGGACCUCAUCUGCCUGCUAAUUUUGAACAGGUUUGUGUGCCUCUGAUUCAGAGCAUAAUAAGUGAUGCUAGUUCUUCACCUCAAGGAAAUUCGUCUCGUGUAGCUACUUCUCCAGGAUUAAAUCCUAUGACUCCUGUACACAAAGGUGCUUCCUCUUAUGGAGUUACAGGAACUCCACGAAUAAACAUGAGCACAAAUUUAGGUGGAAUGGCAACAAUCCCCUCCAUUCAACUUUUGGGACUUGAAAUGCUGCUUCAUUUUUUAUUGGGUCCAGAAGUCUUGAGUUUUGCUAAGCAACACAAACUUGUAUUGAGCUUAGAACCACUUGAACAUCCAUUAAUCAGCAGCCCUUCUUUUUUUUCCAAACAUGCACAUACACUUAUCACUGCUGUUCAUGACAGCUUUAUUGCAGUUGGGAGAGAUGCUUCUGAUGCAGUUGUCAGUGCUAUCUGGAAAGAGCUAAUUAGCUUAGUCAAUUCACUUACUGAAUCUGGUAACAAAAAAGAGAGACCAGGUUCUGAAGUAUUAACCCUCCUACUGAAAUAUUUGGAAAACAUAGUGAAGUCUGAAGUACUUCCUGUAUCGAAAACACUGGUCCUCAUGGAAAUUACAAUUAAAGGACUUCCUCAGAAAGUGUUAGGUUCACCAGCAUAUCAGGUUGCUAAUAUGGAUAUUCUUAAUGGAACUCCAGCUUUGUUCUUAAUUCAUUUAACUUUUAGCAGUUAUCUCCAGGAAUGUGGUAUAGCAGAUGAAAGGUUUUUUCUUAAUCUGGAAACACUUGUAGGUUGUGUGCUUUCUGGUCCAACUUCACCACUAGCUUUUAGUGACUCAGUUUUAAAUGUAAUUAAUCACAAUGCAAAGCAACUGGAAAAUAAGGAACAUCUCUGGAGAAUGUGGAGCAUUAUAGUCACUCCAUUAACUGAAUUGAUUAAUCAGACCAAUGAAGUAAAUCAAGGUGAUGCCUUAGAACAUAAUUUUAGUGCCAUCUAUAGUGCAUUGACUUUACCAAUAAAUCAUAUUUUUUCAGUACAGAGAUUUCCUGUGGUGACCAUGAAAGCUUUACUUCGAACUUGGUCAGAAUUAUAUAGAGUAUUUGCUCGGUGUGCUGCUUUGGUGGCAACAGCAGAAGAGAAUUUGUGUUGUGAAGAACUUUCUUCUAAGAUAAUGUCCAGUUUGGAAGAGGAAACCUUUUUGAACUUGUUGUUCUUGGACAGAAUCAUUCAUAUUAUUACUGUAAUAGUUGAUUGCAUUGACUUUUCACCGUAUAAUACUAAAUAUCAGCCCAGAAUUAAAUCACCACAGCGAUCUUCAGAUUGGGCCAAAAAGAAGAAAGACCCUCUAGGAAAAUUGGCCUCUUUAUUUAAACUUAUUGUAAGAGUCAUCUGUUCGUUCCACACUUUGAGCUUCAAGGAAGCACAUUCUGAUGCGCUCCUUAGUGUCGGCAAUUCAAUUAUUAGCAUGAUUUCCAAUCUACUUGGACAUAUUUCUUUGCCUUCUGUGAUUCGACAGAUAUUUGCAGUAUUAACAAGACCCUUGGCAUUAUUUUAUGAAAACUCCAAGCUUGAUGAAGUUCCUAAAGUGUAUAGUUCUCUCAACAACAAGUUAGAAAAGCUACUAGGAGAAAUUAUUACUUGUCUGCAGUCCAGUGGUGGCACGUACGAUAGUGAACUUCUUGAACAGCUCUCUCCACUGUUAUGCAUAAUAUUUCUGCACAAGAAUAAACAGAUUCGGAAACAAAGUGCUCAGUUCUGGAAUGCAACAUUUGCUAAAAUGAUGAUAUUGAAUUAUCCUGAAGAGUUAAAACCAGUACUAAGAGAAGCCAAACAAAAAUUUGUACUUCUAUUGCCUGGUUUGGAAAAUGUUGAACUAAUAGAGGAAUCCAGUGGAUCUUAUUCAGAUGCAACAGAAAAUUCACAAUUAAAUAUGAAGAUAAGUGGUAUGGAAAGAAAGUCAAAUGGAAAAAGGGAUUCUUUUUUGGCACAAACAAAGGGAAAAAAAGAAAAUAUGAAGCCAUCUGCCAAACUGAAACGAGAAUCUUCAUCUCCAAAAGUAAAGAGUGAAAUACUUUUGGAAGAAGAAAAGUCUACUGAUUUUGUGUUUAUACCUCCAGAAGGAAAAGAAUUAAAGGAAAGAAUACUAACUGAACACCAAAAAGAAGUAUUCAAGACAAAACGGUGUGAUAUUCCUGCCAUGUACAAUAAUUUGGAUGUUUCACAAGAUGCCUUAUUUUCUGAUCACUACAGUCAGGAGGAGGCUAUGCAAACUCCUACUUUAACUGAAAAACCAAAAGAGGAUACCAAGAUGGUGAUUAAGGAGGAGCAAAUGAAGAGUGAUACUAUCAUUCAAGAUGCCUUGGAAAACUGUGGUAUGGAUGAGCAUAUCAAAAAGGCUUCUUUUCCAAAUAAUGAGUAUGGUUUUGUUCCCAAAACCGAUCCAGAAAUACUGAGCAGUAAUAGCAAAGCCAGGAAAAACUCUUUAAUUUCGUCAAAGAAAACUUCAACUGAAGGUACCUCUAGUGCAGAAAAUGCAGUAGUCAGCAGUUGCUCAGUUUCUGAUGCCAGUAUUUCUGGAACUCCCCCACAGCCUACAAGUCGGAGGCAAAGCUUUAUUACCUUGGAGAAGUUUGAUGGUUCAGAUAAUAGACCUUUCAGCCCAUCCUCUUUGAGUAAUAUAUCAGAUGUUUCAGUGCAAAAUAACUGUGAAAACAUGACUACAGCAGAUAGUACACCAAAAACAAAAAAGAGAGAAGUGAUGCAUUCAAAGUCUGAUUCAGAAAAAAUACUGAAUGGAGUUAAGAGAUCAAGCAGAAGAUUGAGUAAAGCUGAGAGGUCAACAAGUAAACGGUCUAAACCCUUAAUAAAAUCGGAACAGGAGGAAAAUAAUCAAGAACCUGUUGAAGGCACAAUAGCCUUAGAAAAUAACUCCCCUGAUUUGCUUAAUCAAACAGCAUGUUCAUCAGAUGGUCAGGUUCACUGUUCUGAACCUAUUGCAAAGCAUGAAGAUAGAAAGCCGAAACCAGCAUUAGAAAAUGCUGUUUUAUUGGAAAAUGAUCCUGUCCAAGAGAAAAACAUGGGGAUUAAUUUAGAAUCCAAAGAAAAUACACCUCCAGCAGUAACCCCAGCAGAUCAAAUGGUAAAUGAAGAUAAUCAUGUUCAGGUAACUCCAAAUCAAAAAACCCUGAGACGGUCUUUAAGGCGACGUUCAGAAAUAACAGACUGUAUUGGUGAUAACCAAGAUAAAGAAAAUAGUCAUCAAAAAAGGGAAAGACGUAAGGAAGAGGAAAAAACUCAGAGUUUAUUACAUGUGUUACCGAAGCAGAAGUUGAUUUCUCAACAAACAGAACAGGAAAACGUACUUGAGAAAGAAAAUAAUUUACACGAGAAGGCUUCUGGUGAAACCAGUGCUAAUGCUGACAUUGACCUAAAUAAAAGAAAACCAGACCUUGAAAAUGUUAAUUCUGAGGGUGACAGUGCCCUGGAUCUUGUAGAUAAGUCCUCUGAGAAACCUUUAAGAGGACGAACAAGAUAUCAAACAAGGAGAGCAUCUCAGGGUUUACUUUCCAGCAUUGAAAACUCAGAAUCUGAUAGUUCUGAGGCAAAAGAAGAAGGUUCUAGGAAGAAGAGGUCUGGAAAAUCGAAAAACAAAAACAGUGAGAGUGUAGAUAUUGAAGAACAGGAAAAAGUGAUAGAAAAGGCAUCCCUAAGUGUAGAGAAUCACACACAGGAUCAUAAAGCAACUUCUGAAGUGGAUGUAGACAAAAAGCCUCAGGUUUGUGAAAAAGAUGAAAGUCCUGUAAUACUUCAGGAUUCUACAGCAGCUACAGAUAGCUUGCAAGUUUCUGAUGUGCCACAUACAUAUGAGGGAAAAACUAAGACUAGCAAAUGUGCAGAGUAUACUUGUGCAAGUUCACCUAUACCAGAAUCAAAUUUAAGGACUAGAAAUGCGAGUAAGAGAUUGCUUAAGCGUGAUUCUGAUAACAGUGUAGGAGAAUGCUCCAAAACGGGGACAUCAGAAAUUUCUGAAAAAAAUGUCCAGACGUUUGAAUGCCAGCAUAAGAGAAGUCGGAGGGUGAGGCGAUCUAAAGGUUGUGACUGCUGUGGGGAAAAAUCUCAACUUCAGGAAAAGUCGCUCACUGGGCUAAAGAACACAGAAAAUUCUGACAUAAAGAGUAGCCAAACAAAAAAGACAGAUGUGCAAACACCUGACAAAAUAUUAGAAACAGAUUCUAAAGCUAAUUUGUGUUCUGAAGCAAAAGUUUUAGAUGAAUGUGCAAGUGUGUGUUUUAAUUUGGUUCUUAAGGGGAAUGAUACUAUUAAUGACUUUGUACCUGAAACAGAGUUGAAAGAAAAUACCAUUAAAAAAUCUUCUGAAAUAGUAAACUUGAAAGACAAACCUUGUGAUGUGGAUUUUGGUGAAGUGGUAUCUCUCGAAAUUGAAGAGCCAACUAACAAAAAAUUUAAAGCUGCAGGCCCAUGUCUAGCCGAUUGUAAGGACUUUUCAGAGGAAUAUCAUUUGGACCCCAAGGAAGAAAACACAGAAACAACCCUGAAAAAAGAACUUGAUGUUAACAUUGAAGGCAAUGCAUGUAAAGCAAUAGGAGAAUCCAAUCUAGAGGAAAUAAAAGCUAUGGAAUUUGAUGUAGAAAACAAAUCUGAAGCUACUGUCUCUGAAAAAGAGAGUGUCAAAACUGAUAUUUCUAAAGUGGCAGCAGAGGAAUGUAAGAGUAGUGAUGAACCUAACACAGAAACAGCUGAUAGAGAUGUUGAAGCGGCAGCUGAGGAAUUUUAUUCAGGUGUUGGUCUUUGUGAUAACACCACAUCUAUAAUUGUGAAUACUCAGACUGAGAUUUCUAAACAAAUAGGUGGGGAACUAGGUGGCAGAAGUAAUGAGUCAGAUUCAGGCACAUCUGAAGAAGUGAAUGCCAAAAUGGAAAAUAAUGAAGAAAUGGUGAUUGGUCACAUGAAUAAUGAAAUUGCCUCUGUCAGAGAAUCAGAGGAUGAGGCCAUGACUACUAAAACUAAAUCAGAAGACACCAAAACAGGACAAUUGAGGGCAGAAAUGGACAGUUUUGUUCUUAACAAACUUGAAAUGACUACCGAGGAAGGAAAGAUUGAGACUCAUAAAACUGAAACAAAUACUGAAUUGAGUAAGUCCAAAGAAACAAAUUUAGAUGACAAUCAAAUAAUGGGAAAUGACAUUUUACUGGACGUUAACCAUACUCCAGAUAAAGUGGAGGAACCAUCACAGUCUUUGACGUCUGAAGCAACUAUCUCUGAGAUGGUAACAGAGGAUAAUUCAUCUCCUGAAAAAUUAAGAGAACUUGAUUCAUUAUUCAUGUCAGCAAGUGACAGUCCUAGUGGUAUGCAGACACGCUGUGUCUGGUCUCCUUUGGCUUCUCCAUCUACCAGCAUUUUAAAGAGAGGACUAAAACGACUCCAAGAAGAUGAGAGCUCAUCACCUGUUAACAAGGUUCGUCGUGUCUCAUUUGCAGAUCCGAUAUACCAAGCAGGAUUGGCAGAUGACAUUGAUAGGCGAUGUUCUCUUGUUAGGUCUCAUUCUUCAAAUAGUUCUCCUGUAAUGAAAAAUGUUAAAACUUCACCUACUACACAAACUAAGCAUAUUACCACUUCAGCCAAAGGAUUUCUGUCCCCAGGAUCACGGAACUGUAAAUUUAAGAGCUCAAAGAAGUGUUUAAUUACAGAAAUGACCAAAGAAUCCAUGCCAUGCCCCACAGAAAGUGUUUACCCGGCUUUGAUGAAUUGUGCAGCACCCGUUGACAUCAUUUUACCUCAGAUUACAUCAAACAUGUGGGCAAGAGGUCUAGGACAACUUAUCAGAGCCAAGAAUAUAAAAACUAUUGGGGAUUUGUGUACUCUUACGGCAUCAGAAAUAAAAACUCUUCCUAUUCGUUCUCCAAAAGUGUCUAAUGUAAAAAAGGCUCUCAGAAUAUACCAUGAACAGCAGAUGAAGUCUCACGGACUUGAAGAAAUUCCGGUUUUUGAUAUUUCUGAAAAAACACUAAAUGGAAUAGAAAAUAAAUCAGCUGAUGAAGAAAGGCUUCCGUCAGAUUUGAUUAAUCCUGUUGCUUUAGAAACUCCAUUAUCUAAAAAUCUUUUAGCACAAAUUAGUGCUCUUGCUCUUCAGUUGGAUUCAGAAGAUCUUCAUAAUUAUUCAGGAAGCCAGCUAUUUGAAAUGCAUGAGAAACUUGGUACUAUGGCAAACUCUAUAAUAAAAAAUCUGCAGUCACGUUGGAGAUCACCAGCCCCUGAAAAUUCUAAAGAUACCAGCCAUUUGAAAGAGUGUCUCAUUCACAUUUCUUCUUAAUGAAGAGUUAGUCUGAACAUAUAUUCAUUGCACGUUGGACUAUAAGAAAGCUUUUUCCACCAAUACCUAAAAAUAAACUUGGAAGAAAUGGAGAAACUGUUCUUUUUGUAUGUAUGUGUAUAUGUAUGUAUGUAUGUAUGUAUGUUUGUUUGGCCAAGUUUUAAACUAGGGUGUGUAAUUAAAACCUUUGUAAAUCUCACCAAGUAGUAUUAGUACCCAGCUUCCCAUAUAUAUCAUGUUUGUGUGCAUGGGACAGAGAGGCGGACUUUCUGUGUAGCCCAGCCUCACCUUGAACUUGAAGUCCUCCACCUGCAGUCUUUACCGAUAGCCCUGGUUACAGGUGUGUGCCGCCUGGUCCAGAUUAUUUUUGUUGGUUUUUUUCUUUUAACUAGAAUUUUAUCUCAUUUGUUCUCUGAUAGGAUAAGUGCACAAUUUUGUUAUAGUUAACCCCUAGUUGGAAAGCAUACUUCUAGGUCAAGGCAUAGAAAGGUUAACCUUCUGUCUACUUUAAGUCUCCCUAUCCAGUAGGGACUUUUAGUCAGUUCCUAUAAAAAUUGAUAGCUUUUUUCAGAAUCACAUAUAUUGUUCUGUAUGUUCUAUGUUUGAAAUAUCACAUAUUGUGAAAUGGUUUUUAAAAUUCUGGAAUUGUUGAACUAAGAAUUGUAGCUUGAUAAAAAAAUGAAAAACAGAUUUUAAAAGUAGAACCACAGUUGUGGUUUACAUUGUCCAUAUUUAACAGUAAAGAAGCACAUGAGUUUGGCAAACAGGUAUGAAUAAAGGGUAUGUGUUUUAUGGAAGGGAUAGCUGCAUACUUAAUGCAGACAGUUCACAGUAACAAUCAGUUUAUUUGAUGACUACAUCCUCUAAGAUUUAUAUGAAGUAUUUUCAUUUGCUGGUGAGAUGAAGUUCUUGGGAGACUGGGUAGUACACCAGAAAAUGUGAGUGAAAUGAUUACCAUGUACAUACUUUAAUUGGAUUUGAUAAAAGUAUUAGUACCUUAGUUAAAACAAAUUGUGGCUCAUUGAAGUUUAAAAAUACUAUUUUAAGGCAAAUAUCAGCUUGUUAAAUCUUUUGGGUGUUGUUACCAAUAUAUAUUUGAAUCACCUUAACUUUAGUAUUCUUGCCUAAAAAUUUUCUGCAAAUUUAUCCCUGAAGUGACAAAAGGAUUAAUAUUUUUUGGUAGGAUCCAUGGUAUUGUUUCACCAAUAAAAUAGAAUUUUUUUCACAUCUUUUUCUGAUAAUUAAACAUGGCAGAUGUUAGUAACAACACUCAAAUCUGGUUUAAUAAUUAUGCAACUUAAGAAUCUAGUGGCAUGCAGUAUAAUUUUUGAUAUCCAUGAAAUCUAUUGGAUUAGAUUUCAGUGGAUUUAAAUUUAAAAUUUAAAGAUACUGUUUUUUAACAAGUUUAAAGUCGUUGGGGCUUUAUUCUUAAUUCCAAAUAGUGUAGGUUAAGUCUAAUCCUUUUAGGAGUAAUAUAGUCAAAAAAUAGGAUUGAAGUCAACUUUUAAAGCAUGAUAGUUGGCUGAUAUUGCCCAUGUUUUCUUUUUUCUGUACAAUUUGAAGGUAGUCUGCUACAUAUAUGGAGUAAUAGAAAUAUCAUUAGUAGCAGAACAAGAAAUAAAGAUCUGAGUAAGUGGGAUUUUUGUGGGUUUUUUUUUUUUUUUUUUU